GCUUAACACGCCGGCAGCUCAGUGCUGGCAGCAGCACUUGCCGACGUCAAACGUGCUCCCCCUUAUAGACGUGCGUCGUUUCCGGCCUACGUCCUCCUGCAGUCUUUCUUCCCGCAAUCAACACCGGAGUAAGCUUGAUUGCGACGCUCUUGUUUCACGACCGCCAUUUUUUUUCUUGUUCCUUUUCCCAUUCUCUCUCAUUUUUCACACAUCCAUCCAGAUUCGACAUGGCGGAUCAAUUGCGGUUCGACGGCCAGGUCGUUGUCGUCACCGGCGCGGGCGGCGGUCUCGGCAAGGCCUAUGCCACCUUCUUUGCGUCGCGCGGCGCCAGCGUCGUCGUGAAUGAUCUCGGCGGGUCCUUCAAGGGCGAGGGUAACGACACCAAGGCCGCCGAUGCCGUGGUCAACGAGAUCAAGGCCGCCGGCGGCAAGGCCGUCGCCAAUUAUGACAGCGUCGAGAACGGCGACAAGAUCAUCGAGACGGCUAUCAAGGCGUUCGGCCGCAUCGACAUCCUGAUCAACAACGCCGGUAUCCUGCGCGACAUCAGCUUCAAGAACAUGAAGGACCAGGACUGGGACCUGAUCUUCAAGGUGCACGUCAAGGGCAGCUACAAGUGCACCCGCGCCGCCUGGCCCUACUUCCGCAAGCAGAAGUACGGCCGCGUCAUCAACACGGCCUCUGCCGCCGGUCUGUUCGGCAACUUCGGCCAGGCCAACUACUCGGCUGCCAAGCUCGCCAUGGUUGGCUUCACCGAGACUCUCGCCAAGGAGGGCGCGAAGUACAACAUCAUCUGCAACGUCAUUGCGCCCGUUGCUGCUAGCCGCAUGACCGAGACCGUCAUGCCGCCAGAUGUCCUGGCGCUGAUGAAGCCCGAGUGGGUCGUCCCCCUGGUGGCUGUUCUGGUGCACAAGAACAACACGACCGAGUCCGGCUCCAUCUUCGAGGUUGGCGGCGGUCACAUUGCCAAGCUCCGUUGGGAGCGGUCCAGCGGUCUCCUGCUCAAGUGCGACGAGACCUACACUCCUGGCGCGAUCCUCAAGAAGUGGGAUCGCGUGACCGACUUCUCCAACCCCCAGUACCCCAGCGGCCCCAACGACUUCCUGACGCUCCUCGAGGAGUCGCAGAAGCUUGGCCCCAACGAGCAGGGCGAGAAGAUUGACUUUGCCGGUCGUGUCGCCCUGGUCACUGGCGGCGGUGCGGGUAUCGGCCGUGCCUACUGCUUGGCCUUUGCCAAGGCCGGUGCUGCGGUCGUCGUUAACGACCUUGUCAACCCUGACGGCGUCGUAAACGAGAUCAAGAAGCUGGGUGGCAAGGCCGUUGGUGCCAAGUUCUCUGCCGAGGAUGGUGAUGCCGUGGUUAAGGCCGCCAUUGAUGCGUUUGGCCGCAUCGAUAUCGUGAUCAACAACGCCGGCAUCCUGCGGGACAAGGCCUUCACCAACAUGGACGACAGCCACUGGGAUCCCGUCAUGAACGUCCACGCCCGCGGCACCUACAAGGUCACCAAGGCUGCCUGGCCUUACUUCCUGAAGCAGAAGUACGGCCGUAUCGUCAACACGACCUCCACCAGCGGUAUCUACGGCAACUUCGGCCAGGCCAACUACGCUGCGGCGAAAUGCGCGAUUCUCGGCUUCUCCCGCGCCCUGGCUCUCGAGGGUGCCAAGUACAACAUCUACGUCAACACCAUUGCUCCCAAUGCUGGCACUGCCAUGACCAAGACCAUCCUUCCCGAGGAGCUUGUCCAGGCUUUCAAGCCGGAGUACAUUGCGCCCCUCGUGCUCGCGCUCUGCAGCGACAAGGUGCCCAACCCGACGGGCGGCCUGUACGAGGUUGGCAGCGGUUGGGUUGGCCAGACCAGGUGGCAGCGCUCCGGCGGCCACGGCUUCCCCGUUGAUGUGCCCCUUACUCCCGAGGCCGUCGUCAAGAACUGGGAGCGCAUCGUCACGUUCGACGAACGGGCCGACCACCCCGAGAAGACGCAGGACAGCCUGCAGAAGAUCAUGGCCAACAUGGAGAACCGGAGCGGCGGAGGAAAGAGUGCCGAGUCCAACCAGUAUCUCGACGCAAUCCAGAAGGCCCUCAAGGCAGAGGGCAAGGGCACCGAGUUCAAGUUCACCGAGCGCGACGUGAUGCUGUACAACUUGGGCAUCGGUGCCAAGCGGACUGAUCUGCGUUACGUCUUCGAGGGCAACGAGGACUUCCAAGCCAUUCCCACCUUUGGCGUCAUCCCCCCCUUCGACGCCGAGACCCCCUACAACCUGGACGAGCUCGUUCCCAACUUCUCCCCCAUGAUGCUCCUCCACGGCGAGCAGUACCUCGAGGUCAGGAAGUAUCCCGUCCCUACCUCGGGUCGGCUCAUCUCCAAGGCCAAGCUGCUCGAGGUUGUGGACAAGGGCAACGCGGCCAUUGUUAAGUCGGGCGUGACGACCGUCAACGCCGAGACGGGCGAGGACGUCUUUUACAACGAAAUGACGGUCUUCUUGCGCGGGUGCGGCGGCUUCGGCGGCCAGAAGAAGCCGGCGGACCGGGGCGCCAGCACGGCGGCCAACAAGCCCCCCGCACGCGCGCCCGAUGUCGUGGUCGAGGAGAAGACGACCGAGGAACAGGCCGCCUUGUACCGGUUGAGUGGUGACUACAACCCCCUGCACAUCGACCCAGCCUUCGCCAAGAUGGGUGGCUUCAAGGUGCCCAUCCUGCACGGCCUCUGCUUCUUCGGCAUCGCGGGCAAGGCCGUCUACGAGAAGUUUGGCCGGUUCAAGAACAUCAAGGUGCGCUUUGCCGGCACCGUGCUGCCCGGCCAGACGCUGGUGACCGAGAUGUGGAAGGAGGAUGGAGGCAAGAAGGUCAUCUUCCAGACCAAGGUCAAGGAGACGGGCAAGCUGGCUAUCGGCGGGGCGGCGGCCGAGCUGGUCUAGGCGGCUAAUCACAGCCCGAGUCCCGCCGUGAGGGAAGGGGGCGAUGGAAGAAGUGGGAAAGGGAUUCCGCAGGACGCAAAACAAACCGAUGGCAGUUUGGGGAGAUGGGACCUCUUAUUCCGGGAGAUGGCGCUCGAUGAGUUUGUGAGCACAUAAGGAAAGGUUAGCGCGGAUUCAAGGAUCGGCCGACUUUUUAGAGUGUAUCAUUAGC